AUGGCUAUCAGAAUUGGGUACUUCUAUACGCUACAAUCGCACAUUACUGAUGCUAGAUAUAUCCCUGAGCACUUUUUGACUCCGCUGCUACUAGCUCAGAAACAUAAUCUCUUUACAAAGCGCGGACUUAAUGUGCAGCUCGUGCCACAGCCUUCUGGCACUGGACAGCUCAUUUCAUCGUACAAAGAAGGCAAGAUCGAUGCUGCUAUCGGUCUGACAGAAGGAUUUGUCAAUGGCCUCGCAAGCAAUCCCAACUUGUACUCUCUCAUCGGCACUUAUGUCUCAUCGCCUCUAUGCUGGGCCAUUUCUGCCGGUGCCAAGAAUGAUGCUCUCACCAAAGCUACACAGCUCAAGGAUCGAAAGAUUGGCGUUUCACGCAUCGGCUCUGGCAGCUAUGUCAUGAGCUACGUCUUUGCAGACCAGCAAGGCUGGCUGAAGCCUACGGCAGCACCAUUUGACUUCAUCAAGCUCGACACAUUCAAGGGUUUGAGGGAUGGCGUCAAUGGCGGUACUGCAGAUGCAUUCAUGUGGGAACGCUUUACGACUAAAAAGUACUAUGAUUCAGGCGAGAUCAAGGAGAUUGGGGAGAUUUACACACCGUGGCCAUCCUGGGUCAUCACUGCAUCGAGCACAUUACUUGAGAGGAAGGCAGAAGUGACUUCCCUGCUCGAAGCCAUCAACGAAGGCAUUGUUUACUUUCUUGAGCAUUACGAUGAAGGCAUCGAGCACAUCCACACCAAUCUAGACUACAGUAAAGAAGAUGCCGAGGCAUGGUUCAAGACUGUAAAGUACCCGAGUGAUGUCAAGCUAUUGGAUGAGGCCAUGAUCGACGAUACCAUCAAGACCCUUCGUAAAGCAGGGUUGAUGACGGACGAUGCGACCAUUACAGCUUCAGACAUGAUCGUAGCUUGCUAGUAUGAUGGUAGCUAUUCUUGUAGGGUUAGUCAGGUGAUCUUGUCGUCUGUGAAAAUCCUCUCGCUCGAACAAGUUGCACAUUGACACAAGAUACAGCAGCUCGUCGGGUGCAGAGAGGUCUCAGUCACAGUCAUGUUGCUGGCAGCUCUCUUCCUCUGACAGGUGCGUGUUCGGCUCGUUAUUACCAAAGUGCCCGGCCACUUCAUAUGGCCGAGGCAUCAUGAAAACGUCAUAGCCAAGACAAACGGCGUUACCAAGCGAG